AUGGUACGAGCUAAAUUUAUUAGUCUCUCUCGAAUUUGGUAUGCAAUAAUUAUUGUAAUAAUUCAUUUGACUCUGGUCUAUUUUGGUAUUAAACAAUGUUAUUUUAAUGAUAGUUUACCAUGGCCAAAAUCAACUUCGUUAUCACCAAAAUUCGAAUUAUUAAUACAAAAAAUUUGUCUUUUAACAUCCCUUGUUCUUCUUUUUCUUUUUAUUUAUCCAGCAUUAUUCAAAAUUGGAAAUUUAUCAAAUGACAAUCAACAAUUAAAAAUCAAUCACUUCGAUGAAACUCGUAUAGGAAAAUCAAAAAAAUCAAUAUGCAUCAGUUUUUGGAAUCAUUUUUUCUCAUUAAGUAGUACUCUACAUUUAACUAUGAGUUUUCUUAUUAUAAUAUCGUCUUUAUUAAUUGACGCGAAACAAAUUAUGGUUGGAUUAAAAAAUCCAGUGUUAUUACUGCACACUGAUUUUGAUCUACUAUUCGACUGGUCUCCUUCAUUUAUAUCAUCGUCUACUUUAAUUUCUACUGCUAAACAAUUAACAACAUCAAAUAUAACGUCUUCAUCAUUAUCAUUCUCAAUCGAUUCUUAUUCACGUUUAAGUCUUUUAAAUUUUCUAUUUGCUUCAUUUAUUUGUAUUCUACGAGAACCUUAUGUAUUUUGGUCAAUAUCAAAAAUAUUUUCCAUAAUUUAUUCACUUGCUCUUGCACUUAAUGUUUUACAAUGGUGUUUGAUGUACAGUGCAUUUCAAUUACUAUUAAGAAAUGUAUGUUUCAAUACAAAUGAUUCUACAUAUAAUGUUGGUUACUUACUUCUUUAUCAACCUUAUACGACAUUUUUUCUUUAUUUGCUGCUCGAAUUUCUUGUGUAUAUAUCGUCAAUAACAUUUUAUUAUUAUGCAUAUAAUCGUUUUAAAUAUCAUAAAAAUCUUUACUGUAAAUCAUCAUGUUAUGAACGUUGUUCACAUUAUUGUCCAAGUUUGAUUGCAAUUAUUAUUUUAUUACUAUACACAUCAUGUAAAAUGCCACUUGUUCAUGAUAUAUUUUUACUUUAUAUUCAAACACGUCUAAGAAUUUUAUUUAUUACAUUUAUUUAUGAAAUCGUUCAUGUUUUACUUAUUCUUGCAAUAUGGAUUUAUUUAACAACAAAAAUCGAUUGGCAUUUAAAAAAUCACAAUAGCGAACAACAAUUAUCUUCAUUAUCAAAUCAUGGUUUAACGGUGAAAAAUACACCGAUACAAUCAACAGCAGUAUCAUUGCCAGAAUUGAAUGGGCAUUAUUCAUCGAAAGAUAAAACAGCACGAAGAUUAUCAGAUAAUAUCUAUCAAAAACCUUAUGAAAAAAUUCGUAUUUUUCAAUCGGAAAUUUAUUAUCGUAACCGUCCUAAAAAUUGGAGUUUACCAUUAAAUCAACAAUCAACAAUGUUGGCUGCGUUUGAUUGUGAUGAUGAUGAUGAUGAUGAUGGAAAUGAUAUUGUUGUUCAGCCACCAUCAUUGCUAGCAAGUGAGAAUAAAACCAAUAAUCAUCAUAAUGAAAUACAAUAUCGUGAUGCGAUACGAAAAACUGUUUCAAGUCUAUAUAAACCUUCCAAGGUACAAAAUGAUGUAAAUUCAUUGAAACAAGUUUCGUUACGAAAUAAAAUACCGCCUAAACCACCUGCAAAAAAUUUCACUCAAGAACAAGUAGAAGCAGCAAAAAUCCGAGCUCAACAAUUAAUUAUUCAACAAAAAAAGUCAUCAGAAUAUAUGAAACACCAUCGUUCAGCGAAUAUGCUUGUUAGUCAAGUUUGA